UUUUGUUUACGUUUUUCUAUCUUCGUCUACGUGUCCGCCUCCACCAAAAUUCUAAUAAAAACUUUCUGAAUUUUUACAUUAAUUAAAAACAAACAAAUAAUGUAACUUUAUUGAGCGAUAAAAACCAAACAAAUGGAAUCAAAACUCGAAGCUUAUCGACUAAGAAAACGACGACAGCAAAAAUACGAACAAUUCAAAGGAGUUUUGCAGAGAAUGCUUUCUUUUGGAUCUGGUGCCAGGACGGAUAGAGAUAAAGAGGACCACAUAAUUGAUGUUCCAGUCACUAAGCUCGAAGAUAUUCCAUUGGAAAAAGAUUCCCAGCUAUCGGACAUUAUAUCUUCUUCCGAUGAAAAUGACGUCUCCUCAGCCCCAGGCUCUAAUGCAGAGGAAGCAAAUACAACUCCCCCAAUCGACCACCACAAGGAGUACAUCAACUACACCCUAAAAACGUGCUAUUUUCUAUUCUGGGCCACUUGUUUUGUCAUAGCAAUUGAGCUGCAGUUCGGAAUUGUCUUUCUGAUGUUGUCCGCUCUGUUUGGACUCUAUUUCAAUACGCGUACCGGCCCUAAACCAAAACACGAACCCAGCGCGUACAGUGUUUUCAACAAGAACUGCGAAAGCAUCGACGGGACUCUCAAGGCAGAGCAGUUCGAAAGGGAGAUACGAUAUGGUGCGAGCAGUGUUAGGUAAAGAGUUGGAUCUCCUUCCAGCUGACUGAUUGAUUGGAGAUGUUGUGUGUUUUGUUGACGCUCAAUUAAUUAAUUUUUUUUUUAAUGUGAAAACUCCAAGAAAAUGUACGUCUUUUGAUAGGAUUAAGAUUUUUUAGAAAUGAUUUUACAACUUUUCUGACAGAGUUUGUAAAGUUGUUGUAUUUAUAUAAUUGCGUAUUUAUGUAUAACUAAGCGAAGAAGGAGCAAUGAUCAUGAGCUAGGAAUGAUUUUUGAAGUUUCUUUGAGUUUCAGGUGGAUGAAGUGGAACAUUCAGUCUAUUUUGACAUUGCUUCACCAACGAAGAUAAUUUUACAAGCCAAUUACCUAAGUGCUUUAGGAAGUGAUGAUGAUGUUCCUUCACAUCCAUUUGAAUCCGUGAAACUUGGAGUAAGUGAGCUAUAGAGCUCGUAACUAACAUAAGAGCUUCAGUUUUUCUUUAAAAAAAAAAGAGGUUUUAUAAUUUAAUGAAUGUAUAAUAAAUUUAUUAAUUACUAGAA